AUGUGGUUGAAGGCGCUGAAAAAGUACGACAUGAGGCUUGGCUCUCAACCAUGGUGUACCCCUUUCCUCGCGCCGGAUCGUGGAAACCCGCUCGUCGUUAUUCUCGGUGAUCGUCUGCGUGGUCCUCGACGCGCUAGUUUUGGCCACAUCACUGGUGAACAGAUUCACCCAUAUUAUCGUCCCGUAUUGCCUUUGUGCGACUUCGGUAGAGACAAGAUGUGGUCCAUCGCCACGUCUUGGAAUGGGAACGUCGCCGGAAUGGCUCCUGAAAGUUUCAAACGACUCUUCGCACAGGCUUGA